GGCAUGUUUGUUCCUUGCGAUCAUGGUGGGGGCGCCGUUAAAGGCUUCACUCUGCUCAUGCCAGCAGUGUCGGUGGGAAAUGUAGGUCAACUGGCGAUAGAUCUGGUGAUUUCCACGCUGGACAUGACUAAAGUUGGUUACUUCUACACUGACUGCCUGGUGCCAAUGGUUGGAAAUAAUCCCUAUGCAACAGCAGAAGAAAACUCAGUGGAGCUGAGCAUAAAUGCUGAAGUGUAUUCAUUACCUUCAAAGAAACUUGUAGUUCUGCAGAUCAGAUCCCCUUUUAUAAAGAACAAGUACAAGCCAUUCUGUGAAAUGGUGCUUUCUUGGGUGAAAAGCAGCAAAUGUGCCAGAGUCGUCCUUCUGUCCAGCAGCCACGCGUACCAGCGCGAUGAUGAGCAGCUCCUUGGGACACCGCUACGCUACCUACUUACACCUGAUCUUGAGAAAGCAGUUGGAGGCCUUAUGCAGGAGCUACACUGGAAAGAAAUGGAAAAAAUAGCUGCUUACCCUGGAAUAAAUGACACAGAAAAAGUUCUACACAUUCCUGGGGGUGGAAUCACAAAACUGCUGUUUACUGAGAGCUGUUCAAAUGGCAUCCAGAUGGCAGUUCUUCUGAAAUUCUGCUCCGAAGGGGACAACAUCCCUGAUGCAUUUGCUCUCAUUAACUAUCUUAAUGAAUGGCUCCAGCUAAUGAAAAGUGAAAGCAACAAUUCCACGGAUACUUCUUCACCGUGGAAAAUACCAAGUUCUUGGCGCUUACUGUUUGGCAACGGUCUUCCACCUGCACUCUUCUGAUCAGUGGUGAAGUCUGCCGUAAGUCACGUGUGCAGUCUCAGACAUCCCUUGGGGAGGGGAUUACGUUGUACUUGCCAAACAGCAGCCGCCUAAUUUGUUGUGUACAUAAAUUCUUUAUUUAAGAAAAGUUCCUUUCACAUACGUUGGGUAGUUAAAGAAAUUAAGGUAAUUUUCACAAGUUGACCAAAGAAUUAUGUUUUGUACAGUUGGUUAUUGAAUAACUUUGGUUGCAUCUUUUUCUAAUAAAAUAUUUUUUAA